AUGACUUCAGUUAUUGCAUAUAUCCAUUCAAGUAUUAUCUUGUGCCUACAACAGUUGCAAAGAUACAUGCUCUACCCAUACAAUUUGAAGUUAAUGCCACCAUCUCAAAGAAGGAUUGGGCAUAAUGGAGCUACAUUAAUGGUUGAUUCCCCACCACUAGGAGUUGGUUUUAUUGAUCCAUUUUUAAGUCACUACAAUAAUGUAUCUGUUUCAAAGUUGUCUUUUACGGAUCAACUACUAGGUCCACACAAAGACGAUGGAUUCGAUUAUAUGUCUUAUCUAUUUGGAUUGGCGUUGGCAACACUUUUAGGUUUGUUUGUAUUAAAGUUGGUGAUUUCAAAAUGGAGUCAAAAAAGAGAUUAUAUUGCAAUAGACCUGGUGCCUAUUGCUGAACAAAUAGUGAAUGAAGAUGAUGUUGAACUAGAUAGAAGAUUUGAACUGAUGAUACAGGCUUCUACAUUUAGUGAUAUUGUUGAGCAAACAAUUGGUGACACUAUUAAUCAGCUGCUUUCGCCUCAGCAGACGACAAUAUCAGGUACUGGAGAGUUUGAAAACUAUAACGUCGAUGGUGGAGAAUUUGCUAGAGAUAUACUUGAUAUUAGCUCUUUUGGGGAUUUGUUACUGCAACAAAAGGGUAGAGCGUAUGCAUCAAAUGGAAUUGACGCUGAAGAUAUACAAAUUGGACAACCAACAAAAGUAGCCACAACAACCUCGGUUUCAUCACUGGGUACAAUGCCAUCCAACUGUAAUGAAUCCAACCUUCCACAACAAGACGACCAAGAAGAGCCCAUAACUCCCGAAUUUGAAUCGCAUUUGGCACCAAACAACUUGAAGAAUGCAGAUGGUUAUAAUGGUGUUCAUUUCACUUCUUUCAAUCACAAUUUUAAUCACAAUCUUGACCUUGAUCUUGUGUUAUACCCCCUGAAUGAAUCCUUCACUCUAUUCCAACUGUGGAAUCCACGACCAUUAUUGGUAAACUCGGCAUCGCCGUCAUUAUCGUCCUCUUCUUCAUUUAUAUCAAGACCAAAUUCUGUUAGUAGAUCUCCUUAUUGUGGCAGUGCUACUGCAGGUGGUUUUGGUGGCCACGAUUAUAAUCAUGGAAAAGUCAAAAGUUUUAAGUUUGGUUAUGAUAUUACCGGGUAUACUCCCUCUGCGCGUUUGGCUAAUUUACAUCGACUGUUGUCACUGCUGCUGCCUUUGAAUAGAAAUGAUCAAGAAGGACACAGGGAUGAAGAUGGAGAUACAAAAUGGGUUGAUGUUGUUGAUAGCAUAAUUGAGAAAGGAAAGGAGGAAGAGGCUGGAGGGAAUAAGCACCAAACUGUUAAGACUGAUCAUUUGGGUGAGGAAAACUUAAGUUAUGAGGCACUUGUCUUUGAUGAUGAUGGCAAUGUUGAACAAAGGAAACGUUUUCUACCUAAAUUUAAACCACCUAUUUAUGCUGAGUAUUGA